GGUGACGUCAUGCCCAAAAAGCAACAGCGGGCGGUCAGUUUGUCAACUCGGUGGCGUGUUUGUGCGCGUCCGGGCACAAAAGUGCUCAGACGCAAUGGAGACACUUUCUCCUCCGACUACAUUGCGGAAGGAGAUGACGUCAGAGGUGACGACGUUGGUCGUUGCAAGAAGCAGUCUACAGGCGAACUGACUGACGGACCAACCAACCUGGAACUGGGACUGAUAGCGGUAGAAACUAUCCAACCGAAUCUCGUUCAGGAUCCUUGCGAAGAGGGGACCAGAAUGCCACGGAGGAAACAAUCCAACCCGCAGCCCGUCAAAUUGGAGUUGGAAAAUGGCGGUGCAUCGUGCAACCCUGGCUGUCUGGUCAUUGAUGGUGACGUUCUAAUCAAUGGAGAUAUGCAGUUCAGCAACUCUGAAAUCAUGGGAUUGGAUGAGGAUUCUGGUGUGACGGUGUUCUCUCUCUGUGUGGACGAAGAUCCGUCAGAAUUAACUGACACAGUGUUCCCACCAUUCCUCUCAUGUAAAGCCUGUGGGCAGCUUCUCUGUGACUCGCCACUGGGAGGCUCUUUUCAACUGGGAAUGGGCCAAGAUCUUCAAACUGAGGUUUCCUGUGUUACAUGUGAAGGUGGAGCGCAGGGUGCUACAUCACUAAAGUUGACUCACAAUUCCAAAAUGGCUGACGGGAAAAAAAGGAACAAAAGGAGAAGUGUUGCAAAUGCUGACCUUUCUCAGAAAGUAUACUCCUGCUCUUUGUGUGCCUUCACCUCCCGCUACUCCAACCACCUGAAACGACACAUGAACAUCCAUGAUGGACAGAAACCAUACCGCUGCCCAUUAUGCCCCUAUGCUUCCACCCAGCUGGUCAACCUGCAGCGCCAUGCACGUACACACACAGGGGAAAAGCCGUACCGCUGCCAUCAGUGCCAUUAUGCCUGCAGUUCCCUUGGCAACCUGCGUCGGCACCAGCGCUUGCACACGUUGGACCGCACGCCAAGGCGAAGCAAGGACAUCAGAAGAACCAGUAGGAGAAAAGUGAAAAGCGAAACAACUGCCUCGGACCUGACGCUGCAGGUUUCUCAGAAGUCGGCUUAUCUGAACGACGCCUCGAGGCCAUUGCCAGUCCUGCUUUUCCCACUGUGUUGCCGGUUGUGCGGCCUUACACUGGAGGAAGCUGACCUGGAUGACAUCAAUAUGGAAGAUCGCAAGGAAAGCAAUAGACAGGUGUGCCACCGCUGUUCAUUGGACCCACUAGUGAAAGAUGGCGCUAAUUCUCUCCGAAAUGGACUUGGACCUUUGGAGUCGCGCCAACCUGGCAGCCGGCCUUACCGGUGCCCUCUAUGCCCCUUCAUGUCCCAUUACCCCAACCAUUUGGCCCGCCACGCCCACAUCCACUCUGUUGAGAAACCGCACCGCUGUCCACAAUGCACCUACAGCUCCUCCCACCUAGACAACCUCAAACGGCACCUGCGUGUGCACACAGGCGAGAAACCAUACCAGUGCUUGUCGUGUAGCUACGCCUGCGGCAACCUGGCUAACCUUCGCCGCCACGAGCGCAUCCACUCAGGCGCCAAGCCGUUCCACUGUGACAUUUGCAGCUACUCGUGCAACCAGAGCAUGAAUUUAAAGAGACACAUGUUGCGACACACUGGGGAGAAACCGUACGCUUGUGCUGAGUGCGAGUACACCACAGGACACUUGGAUAAUUACAAACGGCAUCAGAGGAAACAUUAACAAAGGGUGGUAAACUAGGACAACAUUGGUUGGGAUAAACAUCAGGAGAACCAGGCACACAGUUAAGGUGUUUGGUCAUCUAUCUGUGUUCUCUCAAGAAAUGGCAAUAGGUGAUAAUUUGGGACCGACUUCAAACUCGAUCCAAUCUCUGGUGCUUUUACUCCAUUUCCGGUCACAUCUUAAAGGUGAAUGGCAACACAAGGUAUACAUGACCUUCAAUGUGAAAGAUGGUUGCUCAAAGUAUUUAAGUAUGCAAAUGGGGAAUUUCCUAGACUAUUGCUAAAGGAGAAAAUAACAGACGAAUAUACAGACGAAGUCCGUUUUAUCUCUUGGGUUUCUCUGCAUUGUGCAGCCACAAUCAUCAACCAUCAACUAACCCUUGUCCGGAACAAACUCCUCACACAUCUGAUAGCCUAACACUGAGGCUUACUUCUUUUCUUGAUGCUGUUUUUCUAGCAAAAUCCAUGUGUAAAAACAACUUCUAAAGUUAUGAUUCACAAGUAAACAUCUUUAUUUCUGCACAUGGGUAUUUCCGACGUCACGAGGAAGGGUUAAGCGCAUUUAGUUGCCUGAAAUGGUUUUGGCAUGGAUAAAAUGUCUGCCCAUGCGUAGAGGGGCCAUAUUCAUGAAAUAUAAGCUUCUGGCAACAUUUUUCUCCACUAAAACACAUCUGAAAAAUGAAAUUCGGUGUUUAUCAGUUUAGUAAAGAAGGGUCUUUCCACUCAAAUGCACAUGGUGUUCUUUCCCUUUAACUCAGUUUCCUUCCCACUGACAGACUGUAAAGACCAGACCUUAUAGAUCAUCUUUGUUUCUAAUUCGAGUUUUGCAUUAUUCAUGCCAAUCAUUGUUCAUUUGUUCAUCAACAAUUUGCUGUACAUAAAUUAAUUUGUAUUGUGAAUUUA